UGUGUCAAACGCCCGCGAAUAAACGGACAUGGCGCGAAAAAUUAUUUUACGUCAAAUCAGAGAGUUGAAGUCUUUGAGGAAAUUUUCGACAAGUAAUUUCUUGAAAAACAGGGAAUAUGUAAUUAAAUCACCGAUAUCUGAUAUAGUAAUGCCGAAAAUGAGAUUCAUGGACCGACUUUGGUUGCAUUUUGGAGCUUUUCAGGAUCAUGUUGCUAUUGAAUGUGCCGAAACAAAAAAAAGUUAUACGUACCAACAAGUCAAGAAAAAUAUGGCGGUUUUUGCAACAUCCCUUCGAAAAAAGUUGGGUCUGAAAGAAAACGAUGUAGUGGUCGCAUUAUUGCCUAACUGCCCGGAAUUUCCAGUCAUUGCUUUCGGUACUGUUCAGGCUGGGUGCAUCUUUAGUCCUGUCAAUCCAAUAUACAAAGAAAUGGAAAUUAGUCAUCAAGUAAGCUUGACGGAACCUAAAGUCGUGAUAACGAUACCAGAAUGUUAUGAAAAUGUUGUGAAAGGACUUAAAAUGGCCAAAAGAGAAGCAAAAAUAGUUGUAAUUGAUAAUCCUAAUAAGGCAAUACCUGAUGGAGCAAUUAGAUAUACAGAAAUCGCUGAAUCUGGGGAAGCUGAUUUUGAUUUACUUGACAAAGUCGAGAAGAAAAAUGAUGAUGUAGCUUUUAUACCGUUUUCGAGUGGGACAACUGGAUUACCGAAAGGAGUUGAAAUCAGUUAUAAGAAUCUCAUAGCUGGAAUGGAAAUAAUGUCUAGCGAGGAAAAUAGAUUCCCUGAUUUAACAAAUGGCAGCUAUCAAGAAGUGGUACCGUGUAUUCUUCCUUUCUUUCACAUUUACGGCAUAGUUGUCAAUUUGCUUGGACAUUUAGCUUAUGGCUGUAAGCUGAUCUCUUUGCCAAAAUUUUCAACAAACACCUACUUCAAUGUCCUUAAAAAUCAAAACCCCUCAAUUCUAUAUUUGGUUCCUCCUGUGGCAAUUCUUCUCGGUAAACAUCCUGAUGUCACAAAGGAAUAUUUCAAGAACAUGAGAUACAUUAUAUGCGGAGCUGCACCGCUGGCCUCGUCUGAUAUUACAGCGAUUUUAGAAAAAGGAAAUGGUAAAAUGGAAUUCAGCCAAGGCUUCGGAGCAACAGAGACAACUUCAUUAGCAACAACAAUAUAUAAAGGAGAGAAGGAUAUAGAUUACUCAGGUUGCGGCAAACCUCUGGCGAGCACAGAACUUAUGUUUAUAGAUCCUGUCAGCGGAAAGCCGGUUCCGUAUGGUGAAUCCGGAGAACUAUGUAUAAGAUCUCCCACAGUAAUGAAGGGUUAUCUUAAAAAUGAAGCGGCUACUAAAGAAAGCAUAACAGAAGAUGGAUUCUUUAGAACUGGAGACUUAGGACACUACGAUAUGAAAUACGGCCUUAUUGUUACCGACAGGAUAAAAGAACUUAUCAAGGUAAAAGGAAUGCAAGUAGCUCCAGCAGAGCUAGAAAGUAUACUCCGGUCUCAUCCAGCGGUCCAAGACGCAGCAGUUAUCGGCGUGCCACAUGACUUCAACGGUGAAGCUCCGAAAGCUUUCAUAAUAAAGAAAAACGGUCAAAAUGCGUCCCCCGAGGAACUCCAAACGUUCGUAUCUAAAAAAGUAGCGUCAUUCAAGAAAAUUGAAGAGGUCGUUUUCGUUAAUGAUAUCCCAAAAACUAGUUCAGGAAAAAUAUUGAGAAAGGAAUUAAAGAAAAUGUAUGCAUAGCUUAAUUAAGAUUUAUUUGUUUUAUUUUUUAAGAUAUAUUCUUUUUUAAAUUUGAUUAUAACGAUUGAGUUAUAUAACGGUGAAAAUGUGAUUUUUUUUAAAAAUAAAUAAAGAAAUUAUUUUUAACAUAUAAUUUAAAAAAAAAAACGAAAUUUUGAUAAAAAAUAUAUAGGAAAUAAAUUAAAUUAUUAGUUCUCUAUUGUAUUAAAAAAAUUAUUUAUCUUAAAACGUUACAAAAGAAGUCAUGUAUAAUUUAUGUAUCUAUAUGGAUGUUAUAAUUCCUCUGUAGGUGUGUAUAUAACUCCUAAACGACUGGACCGAGUUUGAUGAAUUAUAUUUUGUGUAUGGGACCGGGUUUAAGGUAUGGCUUAGAUUGGAUAGAUGGUGCUGCGAUCGGAUCUAGGAUUUCCUUUAAAAAAACGUUUUAUUGUAAGGAUUCAAGCUAAUGAUAGUUCAAAUUAUUAAUUCGGGUUCCGUAUUUUUAAGCGAAAAACUAACCCGUUGCCAUCGGUCAUGUGAAAAAACGAGACAAAACAAAAUCAAUGUUUUAUUAUUUUAUAAUACAUGCUUUUUUAAAGUGUAUCAAAAAUAUCCGAUUCAUAAUGGAUAAUGGUUUAACCUUUUUCUGCCUAUAGGGUCGUUUGGACUCACUUUUUUUUUGGACAUUUUCUAUUACAGCCCUAGUUCCAAAAAAGUCAUAAUAUUACCAUAAAACACUAAUCGUUUUGAAUUCCCUUUCUCUUUACCAGAAUAGUUGCGAAACUUCUAGAAUUAUUUAAGUAGAUGUAAAAUCCAAACCAUUGACACUAAAAUUAUACACAAACAUAUCUUUGUAUUGACGUCUUGUACUUUAAACAGAAACCUGUAUUAUCAACUAUUUUCCUCAUAAGAGUGAUCAAGCUAGAAGUAUUGCUCUUAAAUGGAUACACAAAUUAUCGUAAUAAAAAAAAAUCAAAUCAAGAUAUAAUUUAUUCGAGUAGGCUAUUGCGAGCAUUUCUUCAUUUAAAAAGAUUAAAUUAAAUUUGAACUGACCACCGGGUCGGAUUAUAAAUUCCACUGUGAAGAACCGACAUGAUACUACUUACUCUUUUACGACAAGUUACGUCAAUAAUUAAAAACAAUUGAAUCAAAAUUUAUUCUGCAUGGAAAUCAACGAAAUCCACGCGUUUUAUUGAGUAAUACGCCUUAAAAAUCAAUGUUAUUCACGUUUGACAUAAAUUUAUUUACAGGUAUGUUAUUUAAAUAUAUGUUUCUUUGUUAUUACGAGUAUAUCAACACUCCGUUUAUCUUGAGAACGUACUAACAUACAUGUA